AUGGCGCUGCUCGGACAGCCCUCCUGCUCGACCAGUGGGGACUCCUUGACCGACCUAAGGGGCUGUGAGCAACUAGUCACGAAGAGGAGAGCAGGAAGCCCUCCAGUCACAGAAGCAACGCUGAAAGCCUACCUUGAUGAAGUAUUACGGCUGGCUUAGCCUCCUUCAAGGAAGAAAUCAAUGUGGUGUCUGUACGCCUCCAUGACACAGAGGUCACCACCGCUGUUCACGUGGUGUGCAUUGCUAGCCUGGAAACAGAGAUGGCAACGCUCAGGCAAGAAAUGACCCAAUCCCAGUGCCACAUGGCGGUGAUGGAAGACCGUAGAAGCUGAAAGAACGUGAAAGUUAGGGGCCUACCUGACAGCAUCACCCUGACUGAGAUCCCACACCUAAUAAGGAGAUUACUUACUGGCCUCUUGUCUCCUAAACAAGCCAAGGCUUUGACCCUAGAUGGCUGCUAACGGCUACCAACACCACAAGCUACAACAUCACUGUCCAGUAGAGAUGUGAUCAUCCACUUUCAGAAUGGCCUGGACAGGCAAGCCUUCUUGUCCGUGGUGCACAACGCCUCUCACUAUCACUUUGAGAAACAUUCCUUAUACACCCUGCUCCAAAUUAUUAUGCAAAUUCUAUUUAAGUGUCACAAAGAUUAAAUAUUUUGUUUUUCAGUUUAACUCAUGGAUGGCAUUGUGUCUCAGGGCUCUUUUGAUCACUGAAAACAAUCUCGGACACCUGUGAUAAUUAGAUUGCCAGGUGAGCCCAAUUUAAGGAAAAACUACUAAAGGAGGGUGUUCCACAUUAUUAAGCAGAGCACCAUUUUCAUGCAAUAUGGGGAAGAGAAAGGAUCUCUCUGCUGCCGAAAAGAGUGAAAUAGUUCAAUGCCUUGGUCGAGGUAUGAAAACAUUAGAUAUUUCACAAAAACUUAAGCGUGAUCAUCGCACUAUUAAGAAAUUUGUGGCUGAUUCAGAGCACAGACAGGUUCGUGCAGAUAAAGGUGCAUUGAGGAAGAUUCUGCCAGAUCCAUGCAUCGGAUCAAGAGAGUAGCUGCUAAAAUACCAUUACAUAGCAGCAAACAGAUAUUUGAAGCUGUUGGUGCCUCUGGAGUCCCACGGACAUCAAUGUGUAAAGUCCUCCAGAGUCUUGCAACUGUGCAUAAACCUUCUAUUCGGCCACCACUAACCAAUGCUCACAAGCAGAAAUGGCUGCAUUAGGCAGAAAAAUACAUAAAGACUAAUUUUCAAACAGUCCUGUUCACUGAUGAGUGCCAUGCAACCCUGGAUGCUCCAGGUGGAUGGAGUAGUGGAUGGCUGGUGGACGGCCACCCUGUUCCAACAAGGCUGUGACCUCAGCAAGGCGGUGGUGGAAUCAUGUUUUGGGCCGGAAUCAUGGGAAGAAAGCUGGUCGGCCCCUUUAGGGUCCCCAAAGGUGUAAAGAUGACCUCUGCAAAGUAUGUGGAAUUUCUGAUUGAUCACAUUCUUCCCUGGUACAGAAGGAAGAACUAUGCUUUCCGUAAUAAAAUCAUCUUCAUGCAUGACAAUGCACCAUCUCAUGCUGCAAAGAAUACCUCUGCAUCAAUGGCUGCUAUGGGGAUAAAAGGAGAGAAAGUCAUGGUGUGGCCUCCCUCCUUCCUUGACCUCAAUCCUAACCUUUGGAGCAUCCUCAAGCAAAAGAUCUAUGAGGGUGGGAGGCAGUUUAGAUCCAAACAGCAGCUCUGGAAGGCUAUUCUGACAUCUUGCAAACAAAUUCAAGCAGAAACUGUCCAAAAACUCACAAGUUCAAUGGAUGUAAGACUUGUGAAGCUGCUAUCAAAUAAGGGGUCCUAUGUUAAACUGUAACGUGACCUGUUAAAAUGCUUAAAAAGUUAAAAUGUUGUUAUAAGUUUGAUUGAAAUAGCUUUUGAUUUCAGUAAAUAUGCUGCAAACACAACAAAUGACAAUUUUCAGUUCUUUACAACCUAUAAAGUGUUUUGAAACUUACUGUGCGUAAUAAUUUGGAACAGUGCAUUGUAAGUUUUUUAUGUUUUAAAAAAAAUACUGUUAUCAUUAGGAGGUUUGUUCAAUAAAAUUUGAAUUGUGUUCUUAAUAGUUGAUAACAUGAGAAUUAAGCUGACUGUUUACAGCAAUUUACAGCAAUUUACAUCAAUUAUUUAGGUAAAUGAGAAAAAUAUAAUUUGCAUAAUAAUUUGGAACAGGGUGUAGUUUUAUCCUGAUGUCUCCAGGGCCACCACGGACUGGCACAGGUCGCUGCAAGUGCUGCCCACUGAGUUACAGAAACAGAAGAUACCCUAUAAAUGGGGUGCACCACAGUGCCUACUAAUACAAAGAGAGUCCGGGACUCUAAAUGUCAUAGAGGCUUCAGAAGUGGCCAACAUCUUUCAGCAACUUGGGCUGCUGCCCGCUGAUACAAGAGAGCAGCCUCCAGUAUCUCUCAUGCAGAAGACCACCUGGAAUCUGGCGGUGGUGCGCCCAUUUGUUUCUGCCUUCAAACGGAGUAGCACCACAACCCCAGGGAUCACUUGA